AUGGAUGGAAGACCUGCCUAUGAGAGGCUACUUGAUGAGUCUCAGAUCCUCGAGCAGCUUCCGAAUGAGCUUGCGGAACUCAUUCGCACUGCCUCUGGGACUCAGUUUCUCAAUGCGCUCGCGGUUAGCGCACUGAGGUCACGAUGUACAGAAAGCCUUUUCAGCAUCUACGAACCGAUCUUCGUUGAUUUAGGUGCACGAUGGCUCUCUUCAGAUCUCCAAGUCGAUCAGUGUGAUAUACUCUCUGCAUUUGCCCGCAUUUUACCAUUCGCGCCGUAUCUACGAUCUUUUGCCAGCCAACAUGCCGUCUCGUGGGCUGGACCUCUAUCGGCUUUGGCUGCAUCGAAGGAGCAAACUCCCAUAAAACUUGACGAUAGUACCCUCCGCACGCUCCUCCUUGCUACUUUCCGACUCCUCUCCUACCAACAUGAUACCUUCGCGAAGACCGUAUCCCCUUUACAGCUCCAAUCACUAUUCCAGCAUCACGAUCGGUCGAUAAGAUAUUUAGCAGUGCGGUGCUUUGCUCUAUAUAUGCGUGCAGCUGACGCUGCUACGGAGAGAGUGGUUGGUUCAUACGUCGCAGAUGGCCCGAUAGAAGGGGAAUGGGAAGACAUGACCAUUGAUUACCGUUGCCUGGGGCUCUGGGAAGAGUGUCGGUGGAAGACUCUUGAGAAGCAGAUUCUACAGGCCAGAUUAAACCGGCCGAUAUCUGACGGCCACUUGCAGGCGGAGCAGCUACGAGAUUAUUAUACCACUCGCACCGCCGAGGUUUGUGGAGUGUUAAUUCCUCGGCUGCGCGAUUCACCAUGCUCGCCAUCCUCAAUCGUGAGAACGCCUACUGCUGCGGGGAAUCUGCGCAAGAUCGCGACAGCAUUGCUUGCACCCGAGCCCAUUCUUCUUGUUGGCCUACCGAACUCCGGAAAAACAACUCUAAUUAAUGACAUUGCCUCAACGAUGGGUCAAUUCGAGUCCAUGGUCACACUCCAUCUUAACGAGCAGACAGACGCCAAGAGUCUCCUUGGAAUGUACUCGACAUCUCCUGCUACAGGUUCCUUUGCAUGGCAACCCGGUGUCUUGACAAAGGCUGCAAGAGAAGGUCGCUGGAUUUUGAUCGAGGACCUCGAUCGUGCCCCUUCUGAAGUCAUUGGCCUUAUUCUGCCGAUUAUCGAGAAGGGUGAAUUGACUAUCGCUAGCAGGAAGGAGCGGAUCAAGUGCGCCGAAGGUUUCAAAAUUAUUGCGACGAUGAAAUCGACAUACAAUAUUGCAGGUGAAGAGGUUGCUCCAAGUGCCAACCUGCUAGGAAGCAGACUAUGGCAAAGAGUCUCGAUAAACUCUCUUUCAAUAGAUGAAAUCCGAGAAGUGAUCAUGCGCAAAUUCUCUUUGCUUGAGUCUCGCGUCCCAGUUAUUAUGAAUGUUUACCAGCGAGUCUGCUCUUCCUUCCAUGGCAGCCUGGCCAUUAAGAGCUCCCAGGGACGGACACCCGGUCUUCGCGAUCUGAUUAAGCUGUGUAGUAGGUUGCAGAGACGACUGCAGCAGCUGGGAGCUAAGACGGGUUUUGAAGCAACGCCGGAGUCUGUUGACGACGAAAUUUUCCUGGAUGUCGUGGAUGUUUUUCUCAGGUAUAUCCCCGAAAAGGCUUUGGCCGAUUCGCUUUCAAUGGUCGUCGCAGAAGCACUUCAGAUAUCGCCGCAACGAGCGCAAUUCUGUCUUCAUGAAAGGACACCUACGUACUCGGAUCAUGGGAGCAGCGUUACACUCGGCAGGGAAAUUUGUCAAAAGAACAAAGUACCAAGCGGCUCAGCCUCUAGACUCGCUGCUGCUUCUUCCCGAUUCGCCUCCACGAGAGCUGCUGUGAAGCUCAUGGAGCAGGUUGCCGCUGCUGUACAAAUGGCCGAGCCGGUUCUCCUUGUCGGUGAGACCGGUAUCGGAAAAACGACAGUGGUCCAGCAGCUUGCAAAUUUGAUGCGACAGAAGCUCACUGUGGUAAAUUUGUCUCAACAGAGUGAGAGCACCGAUUUGCUCGGUGGCUUCAAGCCUGUCAACAUCCGUACUAUGGCCGUCCCUAUGCUCGAUGAGUUCAAUACUCUAUUUGAGUUGACGUUCUCCGCAAAGAAAAACCAGAAGUUCCUCGCCUCUGUCUCCAAGAGCGUCGCUGCAGGGAAUUGGGUACGUUUGGUGAAUCUUUGGCAUGAAGCUGUCCGACUUGCCGAUGGUGUAUUUAAAUCCGGCAAAGGUUCGCAAGGUAGGGCAGGCGAGGAGGAGCAGCCGACGAAAAAGAGGAAGCUGGAUUCGCCGAAGUAUCAGCAGUUGCGUCUGAGAUGGGAAAGAUUUGCUACACAACUCAACGAUUUCGAAGCGCAGGUAUCACAAGGUGACGCUAAGUUCGCUUUCGCUUUCGUGCAGGGAAAAAUCGUUCGUGCUCUUCGCAACGGAGAAUGGGUCCUACUUGAUGAAGUGAAUUUGGCCUCCCCAGAUACGCUUGAGAACAUUGCCAGUCUUCUGCAUCAUGGGAGCGAGGGCUCUCCGUCUGUGCUGCUAUCUGAAGCUGGAGAUGUAGAACGGGUUUUCGGUCACCCUGAGUUCCGGAUCUUUGGUGCCAUGAAUCCUGCAACUGAUGCUGGAAAGAAAGACCUCCCUCCCGGUCUACGGUCGCGCUUCACUGAAGUAUAUGUUCAGUCCCCUGACAGUGAUCUAGAUGAUCUACUCGCUCUGAUUCAGAAAUAUCUCGGCGAUUUGACAAUAGGUGACUCGAGAGUUGUAUCAGAUUUGGCUCAGCUUUACAUGGAAACAAAGAAGCCCAGCAGUGACAACAAGCUCACAGACGGAGCGGGACAACGACCUCAUUUCAGCAUUCGCACUCUGGUCCGCGCACUCAUAUAUGUUAUCGAGAACGCGCACAUAUAUGGGCUGCGCCGAGCGAUCUUUGAGGGGUACUGCAUGAGUUUCCUGACCGUGUUGAGUCAGCACUCAGAGCGGCUACUUAUGCCUCUUCUUGAGAGACAUAUUUUCGGCAAUGCGAAAAAUGCCAGGGCUCUUCUGGGACAAAUACCUAGGCCACCAGUUGAUGGUAACGCUUACGUGCAAUUCAAGCAUUACUGGAUGCGACAGGGCAAUACAGGUCCUGAGGCUCAACCUCAUUACAUUAUCACUCCAUUCAUCGAAAAGAAUCUCAAGAACCUAGUGCGAGCGAGCUCCACUCGCCGUUUCCCAGUCUUGUUGCAAGGCCCGACCUCAGCUGGCAAAACAAGUAUGAUUGAGUAUCUUGCCAAAGUGUCUGGGAACAAGUUUGUUCGGAUCAACAACCACGAACAUACCGAUUUGCAAGAAUACCUUGGUUCAUACGUCUCAGGUGAUGAUGGAACCCUUCGCUAUCAGGAAGGUGUUUUGGUGGAGGCACUGAGAAACGGAUACUGGAUUGUCCUCGACGAGCUCAACCUUGCGCCUUCCGACGUGUUAGAGGCAAUGAAUCGACUCCUGGAUGACAAUCGUGAAUUGUUUAUACCAGAGACACAAGAAGUGGUUCAUCCACAUCCCAAUUUCAUGUUGUUUGCGACUCAAAACCCUGCCGGCUUGUAUGGUGGUCGAAAAGUACUAUCGCGCGCUUUUCGGAAUCGUUUCCUUGAGUUACAUUUCGACGAUAUUCCUGAGAGUGAACUGGAAUUCAUCCUCAAAGAGCGAUCCCAAAUUGCACCAUCGUUUUGCACUAGGAUUGUUUCGGUCUAUCGCAAACUGUCUCUUUUACGCCAAGCAAACAGGCUUUUUGAGCAAAAAAACAGUUUUGCUACCCUUCGUGAUCUUUUCCGGUGGGCUCUACGCCAAGCAGAUGACCGUGAACAACUGGCUAUCAAUGGCUUUAUGUUGCUGGCCGAACGUGUCCGUAACCCGCAAGAGAGAGCGGCAGUCAAGGGAGUCAUCGAAGAGGUCAUGAAGGUCCGCAUCGACGAAGAGUUAAUCUAUAGUGCGACUGAAAUCGAAAAACGCGCUCCUAAUCUCAAGGAACUGGCACCAGGCAUUGUGUGGACAAAAGCGAUGCGACGUCUUUUUAUCCUGGUAUCAGUUGCCCUUGAAAACAACGAGCCAGUCCUGCUUGUCGGAGAAACUGGCUGCGGCAAAACACAACUUUGCCAAGCGGUUGCAGAUAUCUGCAGGAAGCAGCUGUUCAUUGUCAAUGCUCAUGUAAACUUGGAGACCGGAGAUCUCAUUGGAGCUCAAAGACCAGUUAGAAACAGGGCCGCCAUUGAGAGUCAGUUGCUCACCGAUCUUGGAACAAUCGUCAACGCAGGCGCUAUCGAAUCAGCUUCACUCGAUGAUCUGAGAAGUGCAUUCAACGCAAUGACUGCCGACCAACUGAACUCGUUCGAUCCUGAAAUAGUCCAACGUACCCAGAGAAACAUUGCCCGCUUGAAUGCUCUGUUUGAAUGGUCCGACGGUAGUCUCAUCACUGCCAUGAAGACCGGGCAAUUUUUCCUUCUCGACGAAAUUUCCCUGGCCGAUGAUUCAGUGCUAGAAAGACUUAACAGUGUCCUCGAGCCCCAUAGGUCAAUUCUUCUUGCAGAAAAAGGUCCUAUUGACUCGAUGGUGGUAGCGCACAGCGGGUUUCAAUUUCUUUCAACUAUGAACCCCGGAGGUGAUUAUGGAAAACGGGAGCUUUCAGCUGCUCUUCGGAAUCGUAUGACUGAAAUUUGGGCUCCUCAGCUGUCAGAAGACGACGACAUCCUACCUAUUCUGAAAAUGAAAAUGCAGUCAGAGUUGGAGGACAUUCCCAAAGCAAUGUUAAGGUUUGCGAAAUGGUUCAAGACAAGCUUUCAAAGUUCUUCAAUUACUUCUCUCUCCAUCCGUGACCUCCUCGCUUGGGUCGAUUUCGUCAACAAGUGUCGAACUACAGACGACAGAUUCUCGAUCGUCCAGGGUGCUGCAAUGGUAUUUGUGGACACUUUAGGUGCCAAUCCAGCAGCCAUGCUCGCUGCAUCAUUGCAUGAUCUUGAGAAGAAUCGUCAACUGUGUCUUGAUAAGCUCCGUGACCUCUUCAACGUUGAUGCCUCAAGCAUAUACUUCCAAGAAUCAAAAAUUGAGCUAGUAGGGGAUGCACUGCGUGUAGGGCCUUUCGCUCUUCCUAUUAGUGGCGAUGCGGCACCUGAUCCGCAGUUCAUUAUGGAUGCACCUACCACAAUAGCGAACUCGGUGAGAAUCGCGCGCGGCCUACAGUUGCCCAAGCCUAUCCUUCUGGAAGGUAGCCCCGGUGUUGGGAAAACUACGCUUGUUACUGCGCUAGCCAGAGCUCUUGGCAAGCCCCUAACUCGUAUCAACCUUUCAGAACAGACGGAUUUGACAGAUCUUUUCGGCUCAGAUGUGCCUGUAGAGGGUGGCGAUGUCGGCCAGUUUACCUGGCGUGAUGCGCCAUUCUUGCAAGCAAUGCAACGUGGUGAUUGGGUAUUGCUGGAUGAAAUGAAUCUGGCCUCUCAAUCAGUCCUUGAGGGUUUGAACUCUUGCUUGGAUCAUCGCCAAAUGGUCUAUGUAGCCGAGUUAGACCAGACUUUCAAAAGGCAUCCAGACUUCGUUCUCUUUGCUGCGCAGAAUCCCCAUCACCAAGGUGGUGGCAGAAAGGGCCUGCCUGCGUCGUUUGUCAAUCGGUUUACUGUGGUAUACGCCGAUAGUUUCACGCAGACUGACUUAAAACGAAUCUGCGCGAAGCUAUUUCCCGGCAGUCCCUCCUCACAAACUGACAAGCUAGUCGAUUUCGUCUCCUUACUGAACGUGGCUAUCAACCAGGAACGCAGACUGGGGGCUAUUGGUGGUCCGUGGGAGGUCAAUCUUCGUGAUAUUCAAAGAUGGCUCCAACUCGCGGAUCGAGGUGAUCUGCAGGUGCCAGCGAAUAACUUCCUUGACAUCGUCAUCUCCGAGAGAUUUAGAAGCGAGGAGGACAGACAGAUGGUCUCCCAGCUUUACCAACGAGUCUUUACCGAUAUUCCGCCCGCUGCCAAAAGCUAUUACCAUAAUCUGACCACAGAAUAUUUCCAGGUUGGGUUUGGUGUGAUGCGCAGGGACUCGAUUGUUCAACAAACCCCAGAAUCACACAUGAGGAUACUUCCAGGCGAUCUACCCAUCCUUGAGUCACUCAUGCUCUGCAUAGAGCAGUCGUGGCCGAGCAUUCUAGUUGGACCGUCGGGCUGUGGCAAGACUACUCUCAUUAGAAAGCUCGCUGCGUUAAAUGGCACUGAACUGAUUGAACUGGCCCUCAGCGCUGAUACAGAUACAAUGGAUCUGAUUGGUGGCUUUGAGCAAAUCGACUAUCGAAGGGAGGUUUCAUCAUUGGUACGUGAAGUCCUGCUGUACAUCCGCAGGCAUAUCAUAUCUUCAUUGUCAUCGAGCGAAAACCUGGAUGCGUCUUCUACGUAUCUUGAGCUCUUUGAGCGUCUACAAAGUCCAGACAUCUCGUUGGAGUUUCUCUGUUCGUCGCUUCCGGUCUUGAUGCAGCUCCAUAAUCAUGAAGCCUUAGGUGACUAUCUUCGAAGAGCUCAGAAUUUGAUGGAACUCACGAGCCAAGCCGAUAAGAUGAAGGUAGGGUUUGAAUGGACAGAGGGAGUUCUCACACAGGCUGUCCAGCAUGGACAUUGGGUAAUCCUCGACAACGCCAAUCUUUGCAACCCAUCCGUCCUUGAUAGACUGAAUUCGUUGACUGAGCCCAACGGGGCUCUGAUUCUCAAUGAACAACGUACUGAUGAUGGAUCAGCGAGAAUCGUCAGACCUCAUCCAAACUUCCGUCUCUUCCUGACAAUGGAUCCCCGCCAUGGGGAAUUAUCCCGUGCAAUGCGGAAUCGAUGUGUAGAAAUCUGCUUCCUAUCUCCAGAGGUCGCUAAACACGCCAGUGACGCUCUGCCUGCUUACACAAAUCAAUCUUCGCUCUACCGCUUGAGGUCCGUCUGGGAUUAUGACUCGCUCCAGGAUAGUGAAGAGCUUUCACGGCUCACAUGCGAAGUGGGGUUGGACCAUCUUUCGGUCGAAGACUUGGGCAUUCUGCAACAGUCCCUUGGAAUGAUCAUGGCUGGCUCGUUCAAUUCAUCGGUGGGGGCACAAUUGCCUUCAUUGCUGGAUCAAUAUGUGCCAGUUGUGCUUGAAGGUUCCUCUUGGAGCCCUUCUGCUGUUUGCAAAGCCAAGUCUGUAGAUUUGAGUGGCGUCUCCUUUUCCAUCCAGGGACAUCUCCAACCUCUACAUCCUCUCGUCAAUGAGCCGCUUGCUUUGAUUCUGGGGCAGUAUGUUAACUUGCCGAGCCUCAUUGCGUUGGCUCACUUGCAAGAGUGCAAGCUCAAUCUUCAUCGCUUAAAGCAAAGCUUGUUACGAGCCGACGAGUCAGCCAAACAUCUCAAACCAAGUCAAAUGAACUGCUUGGAGAGGUCUUUGGCGUCACGACGGAUAGCCUCAUUAAUGAAGGAUCCGACGCAACCGAUCAGCUCGUUCCUGGCGGAUUGUGGCCAGGCGGUUUAUGACUUCGUGCAAAGUCUGGACAGUGAAGUCCUUGGUGUUCCUGAGGCUGUGAACGCACUUCGUGCUGUGAUAAGCUUUUGUGUAGACCUUCUAAAACUCUCCGAAGUUGGUCAAGUGGAUGAAGGUGUUUUCCAGGUCUACUUGCAAUUUGGAAGAGAGUUGUGCUCCUUCUUGCUGAAUUCCUGGUCACCGCUGAAGUCUCUGGCCCUGGCCUUAUCACAAUACCUCAGUCGAUUCCAAGAGAAUUGGGCUCUGACGACGGGACUGAGUAUGCAACGAAUUUGGGAAUCGUGGAGACCUGCCACUCCCGCCACGCAGGAACAGUUGAGGUCGAAACUGGACCUGGAGAAAAUUGCAGCCGAGUUCACUGAACUUGCUCCCAAGACCCGUUUGGAUCUUUCCCAGCUGAGUCGGGUACGCAAUUCCUUGGUCGACGCACAAAGAUCUAUUCUCUUGGACGGUGCCGAAGAAGGGCAGCUUGUGGAGGCUCUCAAACAGACAGUGAUGGAAUUAGCAAACGUUGUGCAGAACUCCGAUUCGCCUCAGGCUCCCUAUUUUUCGCACGAGUUCGAAGCUCUAUGCCAAUUUCAUGACCUGUCUUCGCUAUGGCGAGCUGAAGCAGAUAGUGACCCUAUCCUCGGUACCAUUCUUCCAUUGUUGGCUGGCCGGCAAGCGCGGCCCCUUGACGCAUCAACUCUCCAAAGUCAGAUCCCUGGUCUACUUCACAAACUUUCCCUCUUUGCAGGGUUCAGUCAUGCGUCAGCGCAAGGUUCUGUUGUUGACAGCACAUUUUCUUUGUCGUUGUUGGAGAAAUUGACGUUUGUUGGCACCACCACUUUGGGUCAAAUGGAUAGAUUGCAGGUAGAGAAACAGGCUCUUUCCAAGGCCGUUACCGUGAGCUCUCAUCAGAUUGUCAUGGAUCAGCACAAACUGCUUAGGCAAUUCGUGGCAACGCUUACCACAGAGCUUCUUGCCAUCCAUAAGGAUUUCUUCGAGCCGCAGUGCUUUGAAAGUCUCACGAAUUAUCUUCGUACCGUCCGAGAACAGGGAUGGUGCGACGAAGCAAGGCUGCCAGAAAUCUGCUUGGAUGGAGGCUUGCCUGAAGGGCACUACUUCCAUAACAUCGCGAGAGAAGCUUUUCCGCCAUUGCUCUUGUCUUUGACAAUAGGUCCUGAAUUUGGAGAGAGGUAUAUUGAGACAAGGGGAUCGGCUUUGAUACAGCUGGCUCGUAUUCUCUUGCAGCUGUUCGUUCCCGACAAGCCGUUUGAUCCGUCCCUAGGCUUGGUCGUCCAGAGGCAACGGCAUACGCAACGUGUGAUCGAGUUGACGAUGAAGUCAGAAGCUAUAGCCGCCUUUGAAAUGAGCUUCUCUGGCAAGACCUCCAACCUGCGAAACGAAGUGAUACAGCGCGAACUGCAAGAGUUAGGCUCUGCUCCUCCUCCGUCUCAAGUUACUCGCCCCCAAGUCUCGGAGAUUAGCAUUCUGCAAGGAGAGUUCUCUAGCUUGCUCUACUCUGUGUUGAACAGAUGUAAUGAGUUGGAUCUCAAUAUCGCCAAUAGUCAGGAUACUGAAUCCCAGGGAACGCUGAAUCUCCUCCGCGAAAACAUUCGUCAGCUCACUCUGCGGUUGAGCGCGCAUUACCGAUCCUACGAUGAUAUCACUGUACUUGUGAUCCGCUUUCUUGGUAUGCUGGAUCUGGGGCUAUCACUUCAGUCCAGUCCAGCUUCUUCCGCUGAUUCACAGGUUUUGAAAGCUAUAAGCAAGAGAACACCCUUCCUUGGUGGCAAUUUGCAUCCAAUUGUAGCAUUGGACAACCAGGUGAUGCCGACGAAUCAGACUCAGUUCGUUGACUUGAGAUUCCACGAACUAUCUUCUUUGAAGGUUGCGAGCAAUACAGACCCGGACGUCCUUCGCAGCGAAUCUGGACGGCAUGCGCUGCACCGAAUCUUUGAACAAUUCCAUAUCUUAUGGAAGGCUAAGCUUCGCGAAGAUCAAGAAGAAGAGGCAGGCAAAUCUGAAUUGUACCGCUACCGUGGCUCCUGGGAAGACAGUGAAGAAGUUGACCAGAAUGAGCUCAACGAGCUGUUCCCAACGUACGAAAAUGAUUCAGCCGAGGGAGAUAGUAAAGUUACUCGAAUCGACCCCAAGGCAAUCUCUGUCCGCCUCGCUUCACUACACGCCAAGCUCCUCCAAUCUGAGAAUACCAAUAUCGUUCUGGCGGAUUACGUCAAACAAUCUGCUCGCCUGCUCGGAUCUCUUUGGUCAGCGGGUGAUGCUGCAAAAUCUCCAAUGGAUCCGGAGGAGCAUCUUUCUGGAGCUCUGCUGCUCCUUGAGGAUGCUCUGAAUGGGGCAGAUAGCGUCCCAGCUGGUAAAUACAACUUCUACACUGACGCCAAUUUCACUGAAGCCAGGAGACUUGUAUCGUUGACCCAUUCUGUCAAAUCUCGAUUCCUUCAGAUCCAGCAGGCUUGGCCGGAGCAUGCAGUCCUCCAGGACGUCAUUCUAUGCUGCAAGGAGGUCCUCGAAUUCAAACAUACCGAGCCUGUGGCAAAGUUUAUCACCAAGGUUGAAAAACUUCAUGCCCUUGUUCAUGAAUGGCAGCUUGUGGCAAGCAGAGAAUAUUCGGCAGCCUCUCUUUACGAUGAGAUAACUGCUCUGAUCAUCAGCUGGCGUCGGCUGGAGUUAUCGACAUGGGCCAAGCUUCUUGAUCUGGAGACAGAGAAGUGUGCUCAAGACGUGAGUUCGUGGUGGUUUGUCGCCUAUGAAGCGAUCAUCGCAGCCCCAAUUCAGCUGGCAGCAUCCGACCCGUCUGAGUUGAGCGACCAUGUUGUAGGUGUCAUCUCUACGCUGGAGCAAUUUUUUAUGUCGACGACUUUCGGGCAAUACAGCCAAAGACUGCAACUUGUUGCCAACUUCCGCUCAUUGGUUGCACUUUAUGUUGCCGAUUAUCCUUCUCUCGAACAACUUGUGUCUGCAUUGGACAAUUUCCUUGAGCAUUACAGACCUUUCGAGCCUUCAGUACACAAAGUUAUGGCAGACAGGAGAUCCACGAUUGAAAAGGAUCUCAAGCAGCAGAUUCAGCUGGCCAGCUGGAAAGAUACUAAUAUCAUUGCGCUUAGAGAGAGUGCCCGGCGAUCGCACUUCAAGUUGUUUAAGCUUGUUCGGAAAUAUCGUGAGGUGUUGGCACAGCCUGUGCAGCAAAUUCUGCAGCAAGGAAUAACGGAUGAAACGGAUGAAGCUGGUUUUGCUACUACCGAGACCGCGUUGCCUUCGACAAGCUUCCCAGAUGCCCUAGCUAUGUGCCAGAAAGAAUCCACAGUAUGGCCGACCAGACCACCUAGGUUCCAAAACGUCGAGAGCACGGCCGGCAACAUGAGUAACCUGUAUUCUUCCAUGCCGAAUGAGUUUGAUCUCUCAGAAGAUCUUGAAGAAUUUGUCAAGUUUUUCAUUGAGAGCAUUAAGGAAUUCAAAUCACAAACUCCAAAAGCGUUGACCGAAGACAACAAAGAUGACGUGCAGCAUCUCAAGGUCCAGAAGCGCCGUUUCUACGCUGAUGUUUUGCGUCGCCUCAUGGAUAUGGGGGUCAAGCGCAAUGCCAACACUAGCUUGAUUGAAAGCCAGCUCACAGUUGCCCAAGUCCUCGCCACCUGUUCGAGCCUAGAAACUGGUGAAUUGACGUCACCUCUCGUUAAAGCCUCUGAUCUUUACUUCCACAGAUUCUUGGAUCUCCUUCCGCGCGUUCGUCAAGCCUCCAGAGAUUAUUCAGAAGACUUAAGCAACGUCGAGGUCUCAAGAAGUGUAGGAACUGUCGAGCAUCUACUCUUUACAGCCAGGAAGCAGCGAGGUGUCAUUUCUCCGGCAAUUUCUCACCUAGAAACGCUGAAGUCAGUGCUUCUCAAAAUGUCUAAUAUCUGGGCCUCGGGGCCGGCGUCUAUCUGCAAGUCUCAGACGGAAUUCUCCAGUGACAGACAAGAGAUGAGAAGAACUAUUGCAUGGCUCACUCCUAUUCUCGGUCUCGCUAUUGAGAUAAUUGCACUGCAUUCGAAAUUCUCUCAAAUUGAUUCUUCGAAGGUCUCUGGUGGCCUUCACACCUGGAAAGCCACUUUCGACCGCCUGAGAUUGUCCUUGGACAAUCUUCCCGACUUACCGUCGGGAAUUACUUCUCAAUGUCAUAAGGGUGUUCUCGAAGAAGUCUCAAUCUCUCUUUCUGGCUUGGAAGCUGAUAUUGCAAGAUGGACCGCGGAACGUCCUGAUCUAUCCUUUGCAUUAAGUCAAAUCAUCCCUUGGGUGAAAGCGAAGGCAGAUGCGACUGCAUGGUCUCAGAACGAGGAUAGUGUAGCUAUUCAAGAUUUCGACGCACAACUUCUCGCAGCAGUUGACAAGAUUCUUAUCAGUCUCCAGAAACUUAAAGACGUACCCUCGUCUCUCGAGUCUCUCGGGUCGCUUUCAAGAAGCGACGAAUUCUUCACGAAAGCAAUGAAGGCUGUCCAUCUGUCUGACGUCACUUCCUCACUCGACUCAGUCCUCCAGAAUCUUCAGAACCUUCAUGUGAGCACCGAGAACACUUAUUCUCUGGCUUCUGCAUUGGUAGCAAGCUUGUUACCUAUCACAAACAAGUAUUUCUAUAUCUGUCAAAAUGUCAUCCAGCGCUUUGUGUCAGUGCACAAGGAAACAUGCAAGAUGUCUUACGUGCUUGCCAAAUCGUUUAUUCAAAUUGCUUCAGAGGGAUUCUGCACGCCUGCCGAGCCUUCCACCGAAGAGAGCAAAUCUGGAAAAUUAGAGAGCGGUACUGGUCUUGGUGAGGGCGAAGGCGCUGAAGACAUCAGUAAAGACGUUGGUGAUGAUGAGGAUCUCUCUGAGCUUGCUCAGCAAGAACAAAAUGAGAAACCGAACGAAGAUAUGGAGGAUUCUGCCGACGCGGUGAACAUGGAUCAGGAAGAGAUGCAAGGUGAAUCGAAUGACCGUGAAGGAAACGACGAAGAAGAGGACGAUGAGAGCGGCUCCGAGGGAGAGGAUGACAUCGACGAAGAAGUUGGAAGUGUCAAUGACCUGGAUACGACUGCAGUUGAUGAAAAGAUGUGGGAUGGUGCUCAUGACGAACAGCAGAAAGAGACCGAGAAUGAACAAGGCAAAGGAGCAUCUGAGGCUGAUGAACAAACCGCAGCGCAAGAGAAAGAAAAGGAGAAGACCGACAAGGAUGCAGAGCAGGAAGGUGAUGAGGAAGAGGAAGAGGAGGAAGAGGACGAGGAGGCACCUGAAGACGAAGGCGAGGCUGUUGGACGAGAAGAUAUGGAUGUGACAGAUCCUCAUGCCAAAGAAGAGGAUGCGUUGGACCUUCCGGACGAGAUGCAAUUGGAUGGUGACCAAAAAGAGGAUGAUGGUCUCGAGGAUGAUGACGACGACGGCAUGGAUGAUCUGGCCGAUCUGGGUCCUCCUGCGGACGACGAGCAACAAGUUGAUGGCAAGGAGGACAAUAUGGAGGAUGACAACAUGGAUCAACCAGCAGACGAGCAGGAGAUGGGUGAAGGAGACGAGGAGGCUCUAGACGGCGAAGAGACCAAUGAAGCGGAAGGAGCCGAUGAUGGUACUGCGCCUGAGGAGGAAGAGCCAGAGGAGACUCAGCCGGAAGAGUUUCUGACUCGCCACGAUGACAACGAAGCUGGAGGCGAGGAAGUUGCUCCUAGCGAAGCCGUCAACGGUGGCCUUGAUGCAGACCAGGAUCAAAAUCAGGAGCAAGGCGCAUCUGGCAAUGCUCAACAAGAAGAUGGCUCUAUCGAUCCGUCGGCAAAUCCAGAACAACAAACGGGAGGUGCCAAGGAAGGGGAAGAGAAGCAGCGCAAGAGAGAUGCUGGUGGUGCCGACGACGCGAGCCCAGAGGAUCCUCAAUUGCAGGCAUUUAAGAAGCUUGGCGAUGUUCUUGAUGAAUGGCAUCGUCGCAGAAAGGAGAUCAUGAACGCUUCGAAGCAAGAGGAAGACAGCGAAUCCCAGAAGCCCUUGCCAGAAGACACGGACAUGGCUGAUGUCGAUUUCGAGCAUCUCGCAGACCAAGAUGAUGUCGCUGAUACUCAAGCGCUUGGACAGGCUAGUGAAGAUCAGGCAAAGGCUCUGGAUCAAAAUAAGGGUGUGGAAUCAGACAUCAAGCCUGGGGAAAGCGAUGUGUUGCCAGACACUGGCGAAGAGCUUCAGGACUUCCAGGAGGAAAAUAUGCUGGAGGAUGACAUGCAGAUAGACGGCGGAGUUUCUACAGAAAAGCAAACCGCAGGAGCAAUCAUCCCUGACAGCUCCCGUACUCAGGAGCGAACAACCGACGCUGCUGGUCAGCAGGAAAUUAACGAGGAGCUGGAUGAGGUCGACUCCCAUCUGGCAGCCAUCCACCUUUCGUCCACACUUCCUCCACUGACCCCCCGGGACGAAGCUCAGCGCCUCUGGUCACAUUAUGAGAAUGCCACAAACGAUCUCUCUCUAUCGCUAACGGAGCAGUUGCGUCUCAUUCUCGCCCCAACCCUUGCCACGAAACUACGUGGUGAUUUCCGAACCGGAAAGCGACUGAACAUCAAGCGGAUCAUCCCCUACAUUGCUUCGCAAUAUAAGCGCGACAAGAUCUGGAUGAGACGGUCUAUCCCCUCCAAGCGCAACUACCAGAUCAUGCUUGCCGUCGACGACAGCAAGUCUAUGCUGGAGAGUGGCAGUGGCCAGCUCGCCUUCGAGACACUGGCUCUCGUCGCCAAGAGUCUGUCGAUGCUCGAAGCUGGCGAUCUGUGUGUCCUCGGCUUCGGAAGCGAGGACCAUGUUCGUGUAGCUCACGAGUUCGGUAAACCUUUCUCUUCGGAAGCCGGAACCCAAGUCUUCCAGCACUUCAGUUACCAGCAGACCGGCACGAACGUGCGCAAACUGAUCGCGGACUCGAUUGCUUUGUUCCGCGAAGCUCGCUGGAAGCAGUCGCCUGCUGGAGGAAACGCCGACCUGUGGCAGCUAGAACUCAUCAUCUCCGACGGUAUCUGCGAGGACCACGAGACUAUCCAACGGCUUGUGCGUCAGGCUCAGGAGGAACGGAUCAUGAUUGUGUUUAUCAUUGUCGAUGCAGUCAAGGGCAGCUCAAUUCUGGAUCUCACCCAGGCAAGCUUUGAGCCGGAUACUGAGAGCGGCACAGGAGAGAUGAAGUUGAAGAUGAAGAGAUAUUUGGAAGGAUUCCCCUUCCCGUACUACUUGGUGGUGCGAGAUGUCCGGGAGUUGCCGGCUGUGCUGGCUACGGCUUUGAAACAGUGGUUUGCAGAGGUUGUUGAUGUAUCAUCGUGA